AUGGCAGAUGCUGCAUGGUGUAGCAUUAAAGAUUUAUUAGAUUACUUGAUCAUUGAUCAACAAAAAAAAAGAAUUGACAUCAUAUCAGAUUCUCCGUCUUCACAAUAUCGUAAUAAACCAUCCAUUUAUAUGUUAAAUCAAUAUGCAACAAAGCAUGCAAUUACAAUGAGAUGGAUUUUUCUUGAAUGCGGACAUGGCAAAGGUGUGGCCGAUGCCAUUUCAGCUCAAAUGAAAAGAAAAAUGGACAAAUACGUUUCAUUCAAUCCAACUAAAUCAUAUGAAAAAACAUCAGAUUUUGUUCAUGAAAUUCAAAAUUCUACAUCAAUCAAAUUAUUUACUUAUGAUCAAUCUCAUGUUGAUGAAAUAAGAAAGCAAAUACUACAUACAUUACAAACAGUUAAAGGAACAGCUGAACUACACGAGAUAAUUGCUGAACCAACUGAUUUAGUCUUUGGUAAAAAAACAUCUGAUCAACCACAAGUGCAGUUGAGAUUAAGAUUUUAA